CAAACAACCCCAGCGGUUCCGCUAAUUCACUGUCCAUUUUCGCUCGAGGACACCUGAACUAGUCCGUACAAACAUUGCAUUUAGUCCUCAGAGAGCACCCGUUACCACGCGCCGUACCUCCAGCCUCGGAUUUUGUCCGUUCUGCAGCUAAUCUUUUGACAAAUUUCCCGUUUCGACACUCUUUUGCUAUGACGGAAUAAACAGCCUGUGUGGAGCGGGAGCGAGCUCACGAUAGACGCAUACGUGCCCGCACCACAACGCUCCUUGUCCGGCCCUUAUUAUUAGGGGGGCGAAAAAGACGGCCGUUCUCACACGAUUGCCCAUCUGACCGGCCACCACUAUGGCCGACAAGAAAACAACAGAAGCUGGGCCGUCUCGACACACACAUCCGACGCCAGCAGCAUCAUUCCCAACGCAUAACUCGCCGCGGACCUGGUUCCUCACCUCGUCACUCUCGCCGCUGAGCAUCCGCCUGAUCCGGCUGCUCCUGGCUCACGGUGACUAUGUAGUGGCUUGUCUGCCGCCCCUCGAGAUCGAGGACGAAGAGCGGAGCGCCGAGUUCCGCGAGCUCAUCAACGAGUGCAAGAGCAACCGCAAAGACCGCGAAGGGUGGAAGGACCGCAUCCGCGGCAUCCGCUGCGAUGCCCGCGCCAUGGGACAGUGCGGCGCGGCCAUCGCCGAGGCCGUACAUGUUUUUGGUCGCAUAGACAUAUUGCUAUGCUGCAGGUUCGAGGCCGUCAUCGGAACCGUCGAGGAGCUCUCGGCCACACCGGCCACGCGCAACUUGGUGCGCGACCAAUUCGACGCCAUCUUCUUUUCCCAAGUCAACUUCGUCAGGGCCGCGCUCCCCCAGUUCCGCGCCCAGCACACGGGCCACAUCAUCAUCCUGACCAGCAUCGGCGGCCACAUCGCGACGCCCGGCAUGCCCAUUUACUCGGCCGCCACCUGGGCGCUCGAGGGCUACUGCGACUCGCUGGCCUACGAGAUUGCUCCCUUCAACAUCAAGGUCACCAUCGUGCAGCCUAACAAAGAGAUCCAGAGCCUGACCAACAAGAUCAUCUUCGCCCCGCAGCUCCCCUACUACGACGCCGACGUCAACCCGGCCCCGAGCAUGCGCGAGAUGCUGUUCAACGUGCUCAACGCCAACCCGGACACGGCCAUCGAGCAGUCCGAGGACGAGAUCCAGUACCGCUACCCGCGCCUGCCCGCGGCCGCCUACGACAAGCUGGUCAUGGAGACGGUCCACGCCCUGACGGCGAUCGGGGGUCACGAGAACCCCCCGGCCCGGCAUAUCGUCGGGUUCGAGGGAGCCGUGGCGGUCAAGGAGAAGCUCAAGACGGUGACGGAGGAGCUCGAGGAUUUUGUCGAGGCCAGCCUGGCCGUGGACAUCUUUGAGAGCGAGCUCAAGGCCGAGGCACAGCAGGGCAGGUCGAAGGUGGAUGCGACUGGGUCGGGGAGCGGGUCGGGGAUGUGAUGUCGGCUUGCCAAUUCACCGAGUGAUAUAAGGAUGGGAGCGACAAAGGUAAAUAAAUCGAUGGGUUCCACGUGUGUAACCCUUGUAAAGGGGUGGUCGUUGGGGGACCGCGAAGUAAAAUCGGGCUUUGGACGGAUGGAAGGGCACGGCUUAGGCCACACUUUGAUACCAUGUUUCUUCUGCAUGCCAUGCCAUAUUCACCAGAGAGGGAGAGAGAUUCUGUUCUUGAUGCCUGGACGGUCUCACUCGGCAAUCCUUUUGUUCGAGCUUGAAAGCCCGGAUGCCCACCUUUAUAUAUAUAUAUA